AUGCCAGUUUUGUCUGAAUACCUGUUUGAUGUUGAAUACUCUGUCAGUGCAAUAGUGAUACGUGGUAAAGCGCGUGUGAAUCAGGGCUAUCAAAAAAUUGGCAGUUCUUCUGGGAAUAGAAAUAGGAUACACUCGCCAGAAAUAGAAUAUAGUGAAGAAGAUGAGGAGGAACCGGAGGAGGAUCCGGAGGAGGAUCCUGAGGAGGAUCCUGAGGAGGAUCUAGAAAAGGAUAUAGAAGAAGAGGCAGAAGAAGAAGAUCCUCAAGAGGAAGAAUAUGAAGAAGAAGAACUGUUAGAAGAGUCAAAUGUUGAGCAGUACAGAAGCGAGUAUUUCUGGUCUAGGGUGCAGAGAUACCGCGAUUUGGGAGAAGAUGCAGAAAUAGCAAAUGGUCAGGCCGAUAUAGCUCUAGAACAAGUUAGGAGACAGAUGCGCUCCUUCUCUCGAGGGAUGCUAACAGUAUGUUUGUAUUCUGCUGAUUUUCUGCGAAUGGUUGAGGGAGUUCCUGAUCUGAAUUAA